CCUCCUUCGUAGCCAUUAUUGUAUUCGACGCUGUCGUUUUGGAAUUAUCGCGGGUAGACACCAUUUUGUGUUAUAUUAAAUGAAUUUUGUUGAAGGUAUUUAAAAAAUGAGUGAUUAUUCCGCGGUCGCUCCGCCACCACAGAAUUUCAAUCAAUCAUCAGCAUUUGCUGCUGCUUUACAACGUGCUAAACAGAUUGCCGCUAAAAUCAAUCCAGCUACAGGAACAACCGGCGAUAACAGACAGAAGAGGCCUUUAGAAGAAGGACAAGAACCGGAUGCUAAAAAAGGUCCAGGAAAUAUAGGCCCACCACCACCUCAACAACAGCAAGGACCACCUUUAGGAGGUCCACCUAUGGGCGGAAGGCCUAAUUCCAAUUUAAAUCAGGGUAAUAUGGGAGGCCCCGGAAUGGGGGGACCAACCCAUAACGAGGAGAUGAAAGUACCUGACAAAAUGGUCGGACUAAUCAUAGGUAGGGGAGGCGAACAAAUAAGUCGUUUGCAAGCCGAAAGCGGCUGCAAAAUACAGAUGGCUCAAGAUUCUCUGGGCAUGCCCGAUCGUAUUUGCUCGCUAUCAGGUUCCGAAGAGGCAGUCAAUAGAGCUAAAGUGAUGAUCCAUAACUUAAUACAUCAACGUGGUAGAAACGAAGGUCUAGACCAGGGGUUAGGAGGAGAUCCCCCUAUUGGGGGGAACCAUUGCUUUCCAGGAAUGAACAAUAGCAUGGGCGGCGGUGGCCACGGCCCUCCGGGAGGCAUGGGCGGCGGUCCAGGAAUGGGCGGACCGGGCAUGGGCGGCGGCGGAGGUGGGCCGGGAGGUCGUAAUUUUAUCGAGAUAAUGAUUCCCGGACCCAAGGUCGGCCUCAUCAUAGGCAAGGGCGGCGAGACCAUCAAGCAGCUGCAGGAGAAGAGCGGCGCCAAGAUGGUCGUCAUACAGGACGGUCCUAACCAGGAACAGGAGAAACCGUUGCGCAUCAGCGGCGACCCGCAGAAGGUCGAAUACGCCAAACAGUUGAUCUACGACCUGAUAGCCGAGAAGGAGAUGCAAAGCUUCAGGGGCGGCGGUCGUAGGAACAACGACGAUGGCGGCAACUACAACGACGGAGGUUACGGAGGUGGCGGCGGUCCCAGAGGCGGGGGCGGUCAAGGUUUUGAGGUUUUGGUGCCAAGAGCCGCUGUUGGAGUAGUAAUUGGCAAAGGAGGGGACAUGAUAAAAAAAAUACAAGCUGAAACCGGAGCUCGCGUACAGUUCCAGCAAGCGAGAGAAGAAGGACCGGGAGAAAGAAGUUGCUUCUUACAAGGAAACCCUAAACAGGUCGAGCAGGCAAGACAAAGGAUCGAGGAAUUGAUCGAAAGCGUGCAAAGACGAGACACAGAAGGUCCGGGAGGACCUGGGGCCGGUAGACGUGGCGGCGGUGGUAGAGGCGGCCGCGAAGGUGGCUUCGACAACAGAGGUGGUGGUGGCGGUAGGAACGGCGGAGGCGGUGACUACGGCGGCGGCGGUUGGGAAGAUAGGCGUAACAACCAGAAUCAGGGCGGAGCCGAGGUCAGCUUCAACGUACCGGCCAAUAAAUGUGGCGUCAUCAUUGGAAGGGGUGGUGAGACUAUCAAGCAGCUCAACGCUCAAUCAGGAGCACAUUGCGAAUUGGAUAGAAGAAACCAAAACCCCAACGCCACAGAGAAAACAUUCAUCAUCCGUGGUGAUCCCGACGCCAUCGAGAUGGCCAAGAGGAUCAUACAGGAAAAAAUACAAAUGCCCAUUACUUUUAUUAAUUCUGGAGGUCCGCCUUCUAUGACAAACAGUAUGCCUACGGCUUACCCAGGUAUGGCACCGCAAGGUUACAAUCCCCAAGGUUGGGGCAUGCCCGCCUACCAACAACAGCAAGCACCGCAACAGCCUCCCUCUCAACAGUGGGGCAACCCUUCCGCCCAAACCCCUGAUCAAGGAGUCGGGGCAAAUCCACAGAUGAACCCUGGCACUGGCCAGGCUGACUACUCCAUGCAGUGGGCCGAGUACUAUAGGUCGCUUGGCAUGCACCGAGAGGCUGAGAUGAUUGAACAACAGGCCAAAAACAAGGCAGCAACGGGCCAGCCCGCAGCCGUUGGACAAGCCGCGCCUGUUCCUACGGUAGCUCCGUCCGUGCCAGCUGCGGCCCCAGUGGCUGCCGCCUCCGCCGCCAAUGGCCAACCCGAUUAUAGUGCACAGUGGGCAGAGUAUUAUCGUAGUAUAGGGAAACUGAAGGAGGCUGAGGCCAUUGAGGCCCAGAUGAAAAAUAAGCUUUUUUUCCAGAAUACGGGACCCAUAGGCCAGAAUCCGACUGCUCCGGGGCCAGGACAGGCUCCUGCAGGUAGUUACUCCCAGCAACCUUAUGGUGCAUAUCAACCUGCCGGUGGCUACUAUGGCGCUCAACCCACUCAAGGUGUACCUGCCACUAUGCCCCAGUCCGGAUAUGGUUUCCCGUCAUACGGCUAUGGAACACCAAACGCUGGAGGUCCCCCUGGCAGCCAGGAAAACUAAGAUAUAAACUAAGUACUAAAAACUUUGUGACGGAGAGGAAAUGGAGGAUAAAAUAGAAACGAUUCCAAGAAUUAAUCGAUCUUCGAUGUAAACCAAAUCUAAAAUCCGGUCGUUACUGGUAUGUCUUUCGAAAAGGCCUGCAGCAACAGUAAGUAAAACCUUAUGGAGAACUCUGAUAUUGAUUGAUUAUUCCAAUAUGACUGGUAUUGGCACCAAAAUAUUCCUAGAGAAAUGAUAUAUGUAGCUUCCUGAUCUUGUUUACUAUUUGUGGUUUUUGUGGAAAGUUGUCCAUCGACUUACAAUCGCCUUGUUUGUUGACUGAAUUUUUUUUUAUUAGCCAUCGUUGAAUAUUUUUGAUUAGCUACCUGGAAGUUAGAAUAUGAGUGCAUUGGGUUUUUGAAAUCGUCUCGUUUUCUGCUUUUUUGAAGAAUAUCUAUUCCCUUAUCUGAAACUUAUUGUUUCAAUUUGUACAUCUCUGACGUAUCCAAUUUUCUCAGCUUGGUUUUUAUGAAAUCGAUUUGUUGUAGGUCGGAUUACUAUCAAAUUUCUCCUUGGGAAUUAUUGUUUUAGGUAAUGUUUUUUCCUUCGUAAGUUGUGGAUUUAUUAUAUUAUUAAUAAUUUUGUCAAUAUUCUUGGUCAGCAAUUCACAAUAAUAUUGUUCCUGAACACUUCAUGAAAGUUAGCAAUUCGUGAAUAGAAACAUCUUUGAAAUAGUUCCAAAAUCAAAUCUACAAUGUUUCAUUUCUUUUUAUUCCAAAAUAUAUUUUUCUAAAGAGAAUUACUGAGCUAUAUUGAAAAACAUUAGAUGUAUUCCAAGGGAGAAUUCAAACUACUGCAACCGAUUUUUUUUUCCGCCUGUAAUAUUCUCAAAAAUUUUAUGUUAAUUUUGGAUCUAUACGUUCAUGUCUUUGAAUAUUGACAAUAUAAUGGAAUAUUAAUAAUAUAGACCAUACAAUUCAUUGCAAUAGGAACAGGAACAGUAAGCAACAUUUUCGUUUCUGGAAUAUUUUGCUGCUGCAUUAUUUGUUAUCAUUUGGUACAUUAUUAUUGAAUCCCUUUUCUAUAUUUAUUUACUCAUAGUGAAUUCAUUCAACCGUUACUAAUUAAAAGUUUAUCAUAAUUGGAAACAAAUGUGUGAUUUUACUAAAUAUAUAAAAUCCAAAUUUAUUAACUUGAAUGAUAUUAUAAGUGAUCUCAUUGACUGAUAUCCCUAUAUUCACAUAAUCGGUUAAAAUAUUUAUGAUAAUUUCAUCAUUGGUAAGUAUUAUUUAACAGAAAUAUGAUAUAUUUAUUGCAUUUUUUAUAAUAAGAAAGAAAACCAUCUAUUACAUAAAUUAUUGAUUAAUGAAUGAAAUGAUAUGUAGGAAGUUCAAGUUGCUAUGCUGUCAUUACAAAUACUACGACUCGAAAAAGUAUCGGAAAUUGAUCUAAUAUUCAAGUUUACAAUUACAAUAUAAUGAGAUCCAAAUACUUUUUGGAUGUGAUGUUUUGUUUUUUAUUAACUGUAAACAGUUACUUUCAAGUAGUUUUUUGAUUUUCGAAAUACUGUCUCGGCGUCUGGACACAUUUAUUAUUAGUGCACAACACCACUAUAUCAGGGAAAAACAUCCCUGGCCAAUUUAUUAGACGCACUAAGGAUUUUUCAUAUUGCAUUGCUCAAGAAUAAAAGCAAAAUAUUUGAAUUUAAAAUCCAUAGCAUGUUAUUUUCAUCUAGGAAUUUCAUUAUACCGUUUUAUUUUUCAUUUAUUUUGAUGUGUUGCAUUACAAUUUUGACAUAUUGAUACCAUAUUGAGUAUUAAUCAGUACAGACCUCUUCCGGUAGAUAUCUUCCGAUGUUGCAAUCUUGAUAUAGGUAUGAUAGGUUUCUUCUGUAUAAUACGAAUUCAAAUCAAAUUUAUGCUGGUAGUUGACAAAAAAAUUGUGUAGAAACUAUUGAAUUUAAUUUUUCAAACUUAAUAAUUCAAUGAGAAUUCCUUUAUAAUUCGGGUGUUAUUUCAGUUUAUUUUUAGUCGUAAAGUAACUGUUAUGUAUUGAGGAUUCACGUUUUUAUGAAUGAAAUACUUGUUGUUAAUCUGCAAUAAAUAAAUAAAUGAGAAAAAUUUAUCGAAAGAGAAUCCGAUCUGAAUUCUAAAUACUUCACAUGCCUCCAGGUUAGUAUACAGAACAGUGCCAAUUUUUUCACAAUAAUAAUUUCCACAAGCUCUUAGAGCAUCCAUUUGAAAUGAUCAUUUACCUGUACUUUUUGACUAAGUAUUUUAGUGGAUUGUGCUAAUAGCCGUGCUAUUGCCAGUUAAAAUAUUCGAGAAUUGACCGAUUUACUAACCAAUUCGAUUUAUUAUUGUUUUUCAGGAGUUUUUUUUUGUUUUCUGCAUAAAACUCAUUACUAAAAUAUCUUUUUUAUGAUUUUUUAAUUGAAAUUUGAACUCGCAAAAGAAUUAGUAUCACUAUAUGAAAUUAAUUAAUAAUUUUCUAUCAUAUUGCAUUUUGCUUCGGCUCAUGAACUCGGAAAUUUCUUGAUAAAAUUUCUGUUCCUAUUAAAUAUUAAGAUUGAUAACACUGGAAAAUCACAUAUCUAUUUUCUUUGCGGCUGUUAUAAUCUAAUUUCAGGAUAACAUAAGUCAUGUUUGGGGACUGAGGCUGCUUGUCAUUUCCAACAUUAUGCUUAGAAUUAUUUAAUAUUUGAUAAAAUUUUUAACUCGAUUAGAUCAUUAUUGUUACAAAAACUCUCUGAAUAAAAUUUCUUAUGCAAAA